AUGCAGGAAACAGGAAGUGACGUGUUGUUGACCGAUCUCUGUGCUAUCUGCCACGUCAAUCCCAUCAAAUACACUUGUCCUCGAUGUGGCGUCCACACAUGCUCCCUGCCAUGCGUCAAGCGCCACAAGACCUGGGCUCAGUGCUCAGGCGUUCGAGACCCUACUGCCUACCGGAAGCGAGCUGAUCUGGCCACACCAGCCUCUGUCGAUCAAGACUUCAACUUCAUCACUUCUGUCGAAAGAUCCCUGGCACGCGCGGACGAACUUGCGCAGAGCAAGGGCAUCGAUCUGGUGCCCAGUGGUGUCGUACGAAAGGGGCAAGAGGCCAGACGCAAGUUUGAUGUCGAGCUCGAAGAGAGGGGAAUAUGUUUGAUCAAGGCUCCUCAAGGGCUGUCGAGAAGCAAACAAAACAAGUCACAUUGGGCGGGCCACGGAAAGUGCAUCAUGUGGACGACGGAAUGGCUAUGCUACGACGGCGACAAGAGAGUUUGCAACGUGCUCGAGUCGAGGACCGUUGAGGAAGCCUUUCUGGCUGCAUUUGGAAAACACGCCGUCAACCGCAAGAAACGCAAGCGAAGUGACGCUGAAACAACGUCCGUCUCAGCCCCUCAGCCUGCCGAUCAAUCUACUCACCCUGUCACCGCCGGAGCGGUCAACGCGGGAACCCCAUGUACUGGGCAUGCAAAAGGAGAAUCCGAAUCACCUGUGCACGGACUCGUUACUGAUCAGAAGGCCACCGACACGACUCAUGGUCCGACACGGCAGAAUCCACAACGCACUGAAACUCCGCAUUCGUCACAUAAUCUCAAGUUUUAUCUUUUCAAGCCAAACACAAUUUCAAAAGUGAAAUGUCUGAUUCCUGUUGCGCCGGAGUUGAAAUUGGUUGACGUUCUCCGCAACCAGACCAUUCUGGAGUUCCCGACUUUGUAUGUUCGACAAGAAGCCCCUCAGGAUUUGCCUGCUCCAUUUAUUACCGAGGAAAGGUAUAACGAACAAUAUGGGGCGGAAGUAACGAUCAACCUGCCAACCUAUUCCCCGGGGAACAAAGUAGAUGAGGAAAAGCUGGAUGCUCUGGACAACAUUGAUGAGACGAAAGUUCUGGAGGUCCUUCAAAAAGACCUGAAUGGCUGA